CUGUUUUUCUUCAUUUUUGUCCAAGCUGAGUUGAACAUAACGUUUAGCAAACCAGAAAAUAUCUGAACCCCAAAAAUAUCUACGGCCCUUGUCGCAAAAGAAAAUUCCACGUCAUUUAUUAAGUUGUUCCGGAACAUUCCAGAUUGGAAACCCAGAAGAUAUUUUGCCUCUGUAGAAACCGCCAUAGCUAAGCCAGCCAUCACUGUAUUAUAAAUACGCUACCACCCCUUCCGCUUUUAUCUGUUCUUGUUUGUAUUACUUGGUAAUUGUAAGUCAAUAGUCCUCUGGUUUCUAUAGCAUUCAAGAUUAACAAGAGUCUGAUAUCAUAACUGUACACGUGGUUAAUAAAAGUGCUUGAGGAACUUGUGCUUUGCGAAGUUGGGUGUUUGAUUGGGAAUUAAAAGAAGCUCCGAGAUUGGUUUUGUUGUGUGGUGGUGAUUUUGGUGGAGGAGAUGGAAGCCGGACAGGAUUCGCCAUCUUACUACAGAGUUCUUGGUGUCAGUUCGGACUCUUCCAUUGAAGAUAUAAGGCGUGCUUACCGCAAGCUUGCUAUGCAAUGGCAUCCGGACAGGUGGACAAGAACACCUUCUUUGUUGGGUGAAGCCAAGCGAAAAUUCCAGCUUAUUCAAGAAGCCUAUUCAGUGUUAUCAGACCACAGGAAGCGGACCAUGUACGAUGCAGGCUUAUAUGAUCCUGAUGAGGAAGACGACGAGGGAUUCUGUGAUUUUGUGCAAGAAAUGGUCUCUCUCAUGGCCGAAUCCAGAAGAGAGGCAAAGAAUUAUAGCAUGGAGGAUCUACAGACAAUGUUGAUGGAGAUGGCCCAAGGAUUCGAGUCUCCUCCCCCGUCUUUGUUCUGUGGACAAUCAUCUUUUGAACAGUCUGGAUGCUUCAAGACCAAGAGGACGCGUCUAGAAUCUCAUUCAGGGGUGGACAGAGGCUCAGCUCUACACGUACCAAGCCUAGGAAAUGGCUUCUUUUCAUUUUAGUGGGGGAAGUGGUUGCUUGUUGUACUUUGCCUUUUUGCUUUUGUGGUCAAUUCUGAGUGACUUUGUAGAAAAUGUUUUUUGGAAAUCUCAAGUCCCAGUGAUUGGGCCUGUUUGUUGUACUGGACUCAAUUUGGAGGCGAAGGAAUUGUGCAAACGUAGCUUUUA